GUGCUGCCACAGCAACAACAAACCAAAGCCGUAAACAAAUCGCAUUCCGGAAUCUAAUUACCCAUAAAAUUAGCCCCCAAGCCCACCCCUACCAACGGCCAGCACCAUGUCCGGCAAGGACGAUCGAUCCAAGGAAAAACGCAGGAACAUGAAGCAGUACGGCGGCCAUCACCACAAAAAGGAGCCGGGACGUUCGACCACGACUUCGUCGGGCUCCCCGCCGCCCACCUCGCGACGCAGCAUGGUGGAUGUGGCGGACUCCAGUGAUGAGCCGCGAUUCGCACGACGUGGCAACUGGCAAUCAGGAGGCGCUGGCGCUGGAACUGGUGGCGGCAGAUCCUCUCUGGCUCCGCAGCGUAAUAGGAAUCUGCUGGACACUCUGCCCAGCGACAUGGAUGAUGUGGAGCAACUGGAGGGAGCACCACCCAUUGAUGAAAACGCCAGAGCGCAGUUGCGAGCCGGAGACUACAAGCAGAUGUCACAGUUUCCGAGUCUCGGCGGUGCCCACUUCACCUUCGGUUCGGAAAAGGAGUGGACCAGCGUCGCAGAGGGUCAGACGAAGCUCAACACCAAGGCGGCCGGUGGUUACUUCACCCUGAAUCUGAGCCGCUUGAAUGCCGGCCUCCAAACGAUUCCCUUCUACAAGCGCAUGGACUAUCCAUCGAGCUUUUUUACUCGCCAGCAGAUUGCGGCCCAGGAGCAGGCCGCCGAGAAGGCAGAAGCGAUCUACCAGCAGCGUAUCCUCCGUGAAUCGAACGGUAGUAGUGCUAGGAAGGCUUCAGCCAAGGCAGCUGAAAAGCCAGCGGUUACAACCACACCAGCUCUGGAUAAUGAUCCGGACGAGUUGGACGAGCUACUGGCCAUGACAAGUUCCCAGAUGGACAUCAGCUCUGGCAUAGGACCCAUCACCAUGCCAAUGCCUAUGCCCAUGCCAAUGCCGAUGCCCAUGGUGCAGCCAGCCACUCCCUCAUCGGCGGCAAGCAAAAACGAGGUGGAGCAGUGGCUGGAUUCCGUGUUGGAUGAAUGAACGGAAGGAAACCCUCGUCCAGAAGGAGACUAUCACUUCCAAACUAUGUAGAUUUUUAAUAGAAAUUGCAAUGCUUAAAUAGGCCAUUAAAAAUCACCAAGUGCUUAGCUUUAAAGACUAA